UGCCACACAUUUCAAGUAUAAAUAGGGGGUGUAUUCUCCUUAAUUUCUAUUUACAUUCCCCAUUUCUUUCUUCAUCAAUUAUAACUUAGCUUAAGAUGUCCCCAACUGCAGUAUUUGUUUCCGGUGCCAAUGGAUUCAUUGCCCAACACAUUGUCAAGCUCUUGAUUGACAAGAACUACAUCGUAAUUGGUUCAGUCAGAUCACCCGUAAAGGGAGAUGAACUUGUUGCUAAUAUCAAUUCUCCAAACUUUUCAUACGUUGUUGUCCCUGAUAUUGGAGUUUCUGGAGCAUUUGAUGAAGCACUUAAGGCACAUCCAGAAGUUACAGUUUUUGUUCACACUGCUUCACCAUUCCGUUUUGAUAUUAGUGAUAUCGAAAAAGAAUUGUUAACUCCAGCUAUUGAGGGUACCAAAAAUGCUUUACAGUCAGUACAAAAAUAUGCCCCUCAAGUUACAAACGUCGUUGUCACUAGUUCAUUUGCUGCAAUUGGUGCUUUCCGCCAAUACGAAGAUCCCUCUAAGAUCUUCACUGAAGCAGAUUGGAAUCCUAUCACGUGGGAAGCUUCAUUAGACAAUGCAGGUGACGGUUAUCUUGGUUCCAAGAAGUUUGCUGAACAGGCAGCAUGGGAUUAUGUUAAGACUGAAAAGCCAAAUUUCAAAUUAACCACUGUCAAUCCACCAUAUGUUUUUGGUCCUCAAGCUUUCCCUAUUAAGAAUAAGAAAGAAUCGAACACUUCUUCGGAAGUGGUCAAUGCAUUGUUGAAACUUUCUCCAAGUUCUAAAAUUCCUGAAACUCACCAUUUAUUUGUCGAUGUUCGUGAUGUUGCAGCUGCUCAUAUUUCGGCCUUUGAAAAUCCAGAAGCUGCAGGUAAGAGAUUGUUCCUUGCUUCUGCUCCAUGGAGUUCUCAAGGUAUUGUUAAUAUUAUUCGUAAGAACUUUACCGAAUUGAAGAACAUUCCAGUUGGAGAGCCUUGGAAGGAUAAUUUAUACAGAAGUGCAACUUACAAGUUUAAUAAUUCCAAAACCAUUGAAACUUUAAAGGUUGAAUUGUUACCAUUAGAUACUUCGAUUAUUGAUUCAGUCCAACAAAUUUUGGAAGCAAAGUAAGUAAUUGGGUACUCGAAUUAGAUUGUUUACAUAAUUCUUUAAUACUGUUUAAAAUUAAAUAUAAAUAGAAUGUUCUUU